GACCACAGAACCGUAACGGGGGGAACAGCUUUACAAGAUUUGAGGGGGAGAGGAAGGAGAGAGGAAGGAGGACCCAAAAACGAACGAAAUUCAAAUUGGCGCUCACGUUUUCAAGUUUCAACGUAUCUUCCCCCCAAUUUAUUUCGAAUCUAUUUUCCUUAAAUCCCUCCUUACCCAUCCUCCUCUCCGUCCCAACAAUGUCAGAUCUGCCGCCGGAAAACCCCAAUCUGCCGCUCACUUCCUCGUCUUCCUCUUUGCACCAUUCCUACAGCCGGAAGCAGAAAUCUCUGGGCCUUCUUUGCACCAAUUUCUUAGCUCUGUACAAUCGCCAUGGAAUCGAAACCAUUGGGCUUGAUGACGCCGCCUCCAAAUUAGGAGUUGAGAGACGGAGAAUCUACGAUAUUGUUAAUGUUCUGGAGAGUGUUGGGGUUUUAACAAAAAGAGCGAAGAAUCAGUAUACGUGGAAAGGAUUUUCUGCGAUUCCGGCAGCGUUGAAGGAGCUACAAGAAGAAGGUGCUAAGGACACUUUCCACCGUUUUUAUACCAACGAGAAUGUCAAAGUAUCUGAUGAUGAAGAUGAUGAGGAAGAGUCUUCUUCUCAGCCUCUUUCUAGUAGCCAGACUGAUACCUCCAAACCUGGCUCCCUUGAUUCCUCUAAAAUAGAUAAUCGACGAGAGAAAUCUUUAGGACUGCUUACUCAGAACUUUAUCAAGCUCUUUGUUUGCUCUGAAGCUAGGAUCAUCUCCCUUGACGAGGCUGCAAAAUUACUACUUGGAGAUGCCCACAAUACAUCAAUAAUGAGAACAAAAGUGAGGCGGCUUUAUGAUAUUGCGAAUGUCUUGUCAUCAAUGAAUCUCAUUGAGAAGACUCACACCUUAGAUUCUAGAAAACCAGCUUUCAAAUGGUUAGGAUACAAUGGUGAGCCUACUUUCACACUCAGCAGCGAUUUGAUGCAAGCCGAAUCAACGAAGAGAGUUUUUGGAACUGAUCUCACUAACGUCAGUGUCAAGAGAAGCAGAACCCAUGAAAAUGCUACCGAGAGGAGGAUAAAGAUGAAACAACACGCAAUAGCAGAUAGUUCUUAUAAUCAAAGCUCUGAUGAUGCUCAUGAAUCAAGACGCUACAAGUUUGGUCUUUUUGCACCAGCCGCUGGUGGUACAUAUCCAGCUGCUCGUUUGGAGGACAACUCCAAGAGAGCUUUUGAUGUUGAGAAUCUAGUUUCGGAUUAUCGUCCUACUUACCAAAAUCAAGUUUUGAAAGACCUCUUUGCGCAUUACAUGGACGCUUGGAAGUCAUGGUACAGCGAAGUCACGCAGAAGAAUCCAUUACCAGAUACAUCAAAACGCCAUUAGAGAUAUUCUUAAUCUUCUCUUAUUAGUGAACAUUUCGUUUUGACCAAUGUGGGUUUAGUUUCUCCACACAAUUUUAACGGCAGGAAUCCGACAUUUUAAGAUGCAGACUGCACCAUCUCUGUGCUUUUGUAGUCACUGUAGGCUGUUUAGAAAUCAUCUUUUGCUUGAUUCCGAUGCCAGUUGUAUGUAACUUAUAUAUAAUCCCCAUCUUUUCUUUUUAAAGAAUCUCAAAAGUGAAAACCUAGGUUCUAUACGGAUCUCUUUGUUUUAAAUUAUUGUACACUCAUUAGUAUCACUAUCACUGUAUCAGGAAGAAUAGUGCUCAUCUCAGAGAUAGGAAGGAGCUUUCUACCAUCCCCAUGGUUCAUCAGAGAUAUACCGAGUCACCUGCUUCACACUCAAGUACUGAGUCACAGGCAUAAAAUGUAAUGUACAUGUAUUAUUGGAGCUUCUUGAUAUGGGUAUGUAGAUAAAUCUAAACUCACUGGGAGUCAUUUGCCAUCUGAAUGGGUUCAUCCUGGGUGGAGAAAGUUUUGACACGCAGAACAGGACCAAAGACUUCGUCUAAUACUGCGAAAAUCAAUAAAACACUUGCAAGUGAUUACAGGCUCUAGAUAGGAUUAGUCUAGAAUUGUCAUGUACCUCAGGA